UGCCGAUUUGUGCAGCGUAUGUAAAGUAGCAACGCGAAAAGUGCUAAGCACCCUCCUAACCAAGACCAGUGAUUUCGAUGACUGCACUAGUUAGUAACCUGGGGAUGUUUGCCAGUGUCUUGCUGCAAGCUGGGAGACUGUUUUUCCUCAACCUUAGCGAACAGCUGUCCAGGCGUCAUUGUCGUUAUCCUGACUGCUGAUCUCACGGCUCUCAAGCUCUGGAGCGCUGAAAAGCGGACAUUUAAGCUUUGAUAUCAUGGAUUACAGACAUAGGCAGAGGAUUCACUGAAUGUCCUGAUGUGUUGGCUAAGACCUGCGCUUGUGUUGAAGUCUACACUUUGAUUCACCCAUUUCAGAAUCCAGACACAAUGCACAAUUCAUCCCUGAAACGUCAGCCAACGCCGGUGCUAACACAGAUCCCGGCUCAGAACUCAUUAUCAUUUUUCUAACCUUCUUACUAUUCCUAAACUUCAGCCUCUCCCCUUUCCCCUGUUACUGGCUUCCGUCCUCACUCUGACACCCUGUUUUACUACCACUGAAGACCCUCAUCACCCCCACCCCCCGCACCCCCGAUUGCCUGACCCAGACCUCAGGCCUCACUUCUCUUCAUUUUACAUAAAUGCCCUUUGACCAGUAUCUAACCACAACCCAAGAAAACUGACCUUUGACCUCUCUGGCCCCGUGCCCCUCUCUUAGCCUCGGACCAGAGCCUCACUCUGCGGCACUUUGCAUCCUGACCUCUGACCUGUGUGCCCUGGCCUGCAUCUGUAGGGUGGGAGUGUGGACAUGCUGAACUGUUUGCUGCGUAGGAACAUGUCUCAUAGGCUGAGUGUCUUCCUGCUUCUCUUUGGCUUGGCCUGGUGUGUCCUGCUCAUACACUACACCCUCACACAGCCACCGCGCCAGAGCAGCUCUGAACUGCGCAAACAGAUCCUGGAGCUCAGCCAUCGCUACGUCAAAGCACUGAGUGAGGAGAACCAGAAUCCCUCGGGGCCCCAGGGCACCUCCAUGGCAGGAUAUGCGGACUUGAAGAGGACGAUAGCUGUGCUGUUGGAUGAUAUUUUGGAUCGCUUGGUGAAGCUGGAGGGAAGAGUGGAGGCCGCAGUCAAUGCAUCGCUACUUAAUUCCUCCCAUACAGCAGGAGGCGCUCUGUUAGCCGCACCGGCCAUUCACAGGACCAGUAAACACGCUGCCCCCAGCAAAAUCUCAGAGAUCCACAGAAACCAUAAAGAGACAUAUAACAGUCAGGCAAAGUCAUCACCAAACACAGGCAACCAGCCGCACAGACCACGCCCAGGAAGUUAACGCUUGGUCAGAUCAUUCCUGUGGAGCUGCAGCUUAGAAUGAAGUAUG